AUGAGAAUAUUCUUUACUUAAUAGACCUUAUAACUUAUAAUAUAUCAGAAAUUUAUAAUUUUGGUACAGAUGCUUAACCAUAUUUUUAUUAUGUUACUAAUUUUUACACUCCAUUAAUUGCUUUUAAUGAUAUUAUUUAUUUUUUAAUUUUUUAUGAAGACUGCUAGCCUUUUUCUAUCAGCUAAAGAAAAUUUAUCUACAAAUCUGUAACUAUGCAAUUCUCUAUAUUUGACUAUCCUUACUUUAAUUACAAAAAAACAGGAGAAAUCUUCAUAUUUUACUAGUCUCUUAUUUAUGUCUAUAGCUUUGAUUUAUCUCAUAACCAACAAUAUAAUUUCGGAAUAAAUUAUCCAAAAAGCUUUAAUGAUAAUACAAUUUAAGUUUUUAAUGACAGAUAUGUUUUUUAUUAUGAUCAAAGCUAUUUUUAUAGAUUCGACAUGGAAUUAAAGGAAUUUACAAUAAUGCAUGCUAAAACUGAUGUCGCUUUGUAUGGAAAAAAUGCUAUUUAGUUUUAUUUUUUAGAUGAAAAUUUGUAAUACAUCAAAAAAUCUAAUAAUAUAAUAGAUACAAAUAAUAUGGUUAUUAUUAUGA